GUUGCGUCAGUUGACGAGAGAGACAGCGACGCUGCGGCGAAAAAACGAAACUUAUACCGACAUCGAUCUACUCGUGUAGCGUACGGAGUUUUUAUACGAACGAAAAUCUUAAUUAAACGCGUUCAUCCAUGAUGUCGGUGGUGCUAGUGCAUUAAAACAUACCUCGGAACAUUCUGUGUGUGUUAUUUUGUAUAAUGAUCCGCUGUUCACGUGCUUAGUGCUAAGUUACAUAGCUUCUAUUGAUAGUGAGAAGUGAAUUUGAGAAGAGUGAGUGAUCCAAAAAGAGUCAGCUAUUAGCCUGUCGUAGUCUACAAACGCUUGUGCAUGAUUUCAAAGCGUUCGCAGUAAGGCAGUUCAAGACGACUUUUUUAGUAAUCAACAAUGGCAGACACCGACACGGAGACACUGCCGAACGGCACCGGGCCCCUCUCGUCUGAGGAGGAGGAGCGUCUCAAGCAGAGACCAGCUGACAUCGACGCUGAUGUACGCGAGAUGGAGCGCCGCAAGCGCGUGGAGGCGCUCAUGUCUUCCAAGCUGUUCCGCGAGGAGCUGGAGCGGGUGCUGGACCAGCAGAUGCACGAGGGGAACGACGCGCCGCUGCUGCAGCGUAUCAGGGAGAUGGUCGGCGGCAGGCUGCAUACUGGCAGCUUGCGGGGUCCAAGCUGCGUGCUUCCCAUCAACGACAUCCGCGGCAUCGAGGGAGUCGGCUACGAGAAGGGAGAGAAGAUUCUGCGCUGCAAGCUAGCCGCCGUUUACCGCUUGGUGGACCUGUUCGGAUGGUCUCAAACCGGCAUCAGCGGCCAAAUAACCGCUCGCCUCAACACAGCCGUUGAGCAAGUGCUGACGACCCCCCGCGGCCUGCUGCCGCACGAGGUGACCGCGUCCUCCCUAGUGAAGGUGGACAUGCAAGGGGUUGUGCAGGACCAGGGGACCACCAACUUUCCGGUCAAUGUUGAAGGAUUCUCGCUGCACGCGUCCGUGCACGCGGCGCGGCCGGACGUGCGCUGCGUGCUGCACGUGCGGUCGCCGGGCGCGCUGGCCGUGUCCAGCACCAGGCGCGGGCUGCUGCCGCUGUGCCACGAGGCCGCGCUCUUGGGGGAGCUGGCGUACCUCAACAACGUGUCCGGCGGCGUGUUGGACAACGAGGAGCGCGACCAGCUGGUGCGGCAGGUGGGCCCGCACGCCAAGGUGCUGUUCCUCAGCAGCCAGGGCGCGCUGUGCUGCGGCGCCACGCUCGAGGAGGCCUUCCACCAGGCCAGGAACCUGACGGCCGCGUGCGAGGUGCAGCACCGGCUGGCCGCGCUGCCGCUGGACGAGCUCAUCCUCAUCGACGCGGAGACCAAGCAUAAGAUCUACGAGGCGUCCCGCAAGCCCCCGUCGGACUGCAACAAGUGGCGCGUGGGCGGGGAGGAGUUCGAGGCGCUGAUGCGGAUGUUGGACAACGCCGGCUUCCGCACCGGCUACAUCUACCGCAACCCGCUCAUCAAGAACGACGUGCCGAGGCCCAAAAACGACGUGGAGGUCCCGCCGGCGGUGUCCUCUCUCGGGUACCUGCUUGAGGAAGAAGAACUAUACAAGCAGGGACUGUGGAAGAAGGGAGGAAAAACGGGCGAGCGCACUCGCUGGCUGAACUCGCCCAAUGUGUACCAGAAGGUGGAGGUGCUGGAGACCGGCACCAGCGACCCGAAGAAGAUCACCAAGUGGGUCGACGCUAACAACGAGGAGUGGGUUCAAGAUGGCUCGCCGGCGCACUCGAGUACCCCAGUCAAGAUUGACACGCUACAAUUUGUGCCUAAGAACACCAAUCCUAAAGAAUUCAAGGCAUUACAACAGCAGAUAAAGGACAACCGUCGCGCGGACAAGAUCAGCGCCGGCCCCCAGUCCCACAUCCUGGAGGGCGUCACGUGGGACGAGGCCUCCAAACUCGUGGGCGAGGACGCCGUCAACACACACACCGGCGACCACGUGGUACUAAUGGGCGCGGCGUCCAAGGGCAUCAUCCAAAGGGGGUACCAACACAACGCUACCGUGUACAGCGCCCCCUACGCCCGCAACCCGUUCGAUCAGAUCUCGGACCGCGAACUGGACGAGUACAGGCGCACGGUCGAGAGGAAACAGCGCGGGAACGAGUAUGACACAGAUCUAUCGGAGUCUGAAGCGAUAAGUGCGGCCCAGAUUACAUCUCCCGCCAGCGCGCCUUCCGAAACCGAGGAGGAGUCGCGCGAUGAGCACCGCGUGUUGAGAAUAGAAACGAAGCAAGUUCCUAUUCGCAGCCAACCAGAGGUCGUGCUUAGCGAUGCGGACACUACCGAUUUUCUAAACGCGGAGAGGGCCCACGCCGAAAGGACCAAAGAUACGAACCGGGACCCGAACCUGUUGUCUGAUGAUGAAGCGUUCCUUCGUUCGGCACCAACCGAUGUGUCUCGAGUCACUUCUCCUAUGUCGUUGACCGUCCCGCGGUUCGGGAGAGCGUCCGACCAAGAGCAAAGUCUUCUGUCAGAUGACGAAGUAUUCGUUGAUGCGCGCCGCGCCGAUGCGAUCCGUGCGGUCGUGGUCCGCGCCCAGACCACUGCGGUGCAGCGGUCUGUCGUUAGAGGAGAGCACACUGUCAACGGCGACCACUCGGACGCGCAUCAGAGUACCUUCUCACACAGCAGCAAAGAGGGCUCCCCGUCGAAGGAGGUGUCGACAGAGGACUCUCCCAAGAAGGAUAAAAAGAAGAAGAAGGGGCUCCGGACUCCCUCCUUCUUGAAGAAGAAGAAAGAAAAGAAGAAGGAGAAGUCGAGCACGCCGCAACCUGCCUAGAGAUAAUCCCACAAUUCUACACUGCCAUCGCGCUUCAGAAAUUACAUGUAACUUUAAAAUUAAGUUUUCCAUGCUCCUGUAAUUCCAGUUAUUUUUUUAAAUACACCGCUUAUUUGGUGGGAUGUACAUAACUUGCAAAAUGUUCGCUUAACCUGAAAAAAUAUCUGCAAAGCUGUUUAAAUUUGAAAUAAAAAAGUUAUUAAAAAAAUACAUGUCUGUCAGCGAAAAAAAAAGUUAAGUACAAAUAAGUAUUUUUAUUCAAUUUCAAAUUCAUAUUUUAACUAAUUUCAGGUUAUGCACUAAUAUAUCCCAGAAUUAUUUUUCAAUUCUAUGUGGGUUUAAUUUGAAUAUAUUGUAUUGUAUUGUUAAAUUUGUGACGAAUUUUUGAAAAAUACUCAUUGAAUAUUUUAUCGAAGACGACCUAUCUUAAAAUGAUAAUGUAAAAAUAUGUUCUUGUUAGUAUCCUAUUUAAAUGUUGAAGCAUGAUCGUUUGCUGCCAUCUUGUGCAAUUUGUCAGUAAUUUUGGCCACGAAAUUAAAUAAAUCAUGCAUAGAAUUUAAAAAUAUAUGAUUAAAUAUAAUUUUAACUGCAUAUUACACGUGAAAAAACUAUCAUUGUAGAAAAAAUAUUUUAUUUGUACAAUUCUAAAAUUGUAUCGGGAAUAUAAGAUUAUUUGUGUUUAGGACUAUACAAUUGUAUUUCAAUAUACAUAUAAGCUUUCUUUUUGACUUCGAUGGAUUUUCACGCGCGACUCGCAGAUGUUUUACUACCCACCUUAACAUUCAGAUGAUUCAGUCAAUAUUGAUGUAGCAUUUUGCGUGAUUUUGCCUAAAGUAGUAUUUAAAAAAAGCAAUAUUUCUUCGUUUUUAUUAUUAUUAGUUGAAAAUUAAAAUUAUUUUACAGUAAAAAAAAAUACGUAUAUUAUAAUAACGUAAAACUGGUUUUGUAUGUUCUUUACAUACAAUAUAGGAAAAAUGCUCAGUACCUAUUUUGUUUCUUAGGAUUUUCCGUCGGGCAAAAUAUUGACGUCAGUUAGUGAUAUAUUGUGUCACCCAUAAAUAUGAAACGAUUUCCAAAAGAUAUGAAAAGACAAAAGUUUGGGGAACUCAACAUAAACGUAAGUCGGAAAAUAUUAAGUUCUCUUUAAAAACAACAUACAAAAAGAAAAGUCAAACAGGCAAAAAGAAAAGUCGUAACUGAGUGACACCGCUCACUCCCGACUAAAUUGUGUCCAUUGUAAUAUGAGCUUUAGUGCGUCCGCUGUAGACAUACUUUACAUCAUCGACAAAUUAGCGGACAGCUCGCUGUAAACCCGCUUACAGCAACAGCUAAAGUAAAAUAAGUCUAAACUAGACACAUUAAAGCUCACUUUUCAAUGAACUUUGUUUUGUCGGGUGGGAGCGGUGUCAAAUGUUUAAUUUAUUGACAACUAGUGACUUGCCAACAAAUCUUAUGAAAAUUAUGAUUUUGUUAAUUACGUUCUUCUGCUUCAGUGAUUCUUUCGUGUAAGAAACUUGUACUAGGUAUUAUAAAACAAUUGAAAUACAAAUUAUUUCGAAAAAUUAUACGGGAAGUGCAUUUUUUUUUUGUAAACUACGUAUUUUUUCAUUGUGAAAAGUAUUUCAGUAAAAUAUUUCGCACCGCUAAACGUAACCAUUAAGUUAUAUUUAGUUUUUUUUUUUAAUCGUGUACGAUUUAGCCGUCAUAAUGCCUUUUUAAACGCCUAUUUAUCUACUUAAAUAUUUAUUUUAGUAAAUGUCUCGUGUUGAUAUUGAUUUUUGAAGUACAAUCGAAUGUUGACAUUUAUUUUUGAUUUGUACUAAAAUUGUACAUUGUAAUAAUUAUUAAAAAAAAAACAUUUAUAUUAAGUACAAUAUGGCAUUGCGUCGACUGAAUAGUUUCACGAUUGAGUUUGGUGCAUACUGUAGAUUAUUUGGAGCAUGUGAUGCUUUCGUGUUUUGGGCUCGUCGAUCGUUUUACGGAACCCUACGCCAUUCGUGCUUUUAAAAAAAAAUAUGACGAAUCUAUCACACAAACGCUGUAUAAAAACCGAAAAUACAGAAAAAUAAAUAGUAAUUAAAGCAAUUUUAUACGCGAGAUCACUGCCAAUUUUUAUUAAAUCUUUUUUUGCCGAAUCGAACAAUUUUUUUUAUGCAAUGACAUUGUGUGAUUAGAUUCAAAUUAUUAAUAUAAACAAAUAUAUUAUAUAUGUUAGCACUAUCGAUUUAAUUAUAAGAUUAUAUUCGGCUAGCCUACCUGUGUAGAGUUUUAACUUAUUUUUCAUUAUCGGUAAAUAUUGGUCGCAAAAUACAACAAUUACAUUUCAGUCUCAUAUUUUGUUAUACUUAUGAAACUAUGUGAAACUUUUAAAAUAUUUACAUGUGUUUAUAUAUAGUUUUUAUUGCGACGAAUAUUUUCCGUCAGCAAAGUUGUUAGACAGGGGUGAUCUUUUUACAUUUAUUGUAAAAAAAAAAAUGUUUAUUUUUACUUAUUAUUAUUUUCAUGGAUCAAUUUGACAUUACCUAGAAUAAGGUCUAGAGUUCAUAAAAUGACAAGUUGAAUACUUUUGACGCUUGUAACAGUUUUUAUAUUAAAAUUUCUUUUUCCAUUAUAAUUAAAUUAUGAAGACUAUGUAUGUUUUACGAAAUAAAUUAUUCGUUUCUACAUAUUUUCUUUUUUUUAGUUGCCUCCGUCACAAAUGUCAGUUUUAUUUUAACACUGGCAACUCUUAGUUUUAAGUUAGCUUAUCAGAGUUUAUGUUAUGUAUCAUUGUAUUUUUUUUAUUUCUAAAUAUAUGCUAUUUGAAAGAUUAUAA